GUUAACCCCAGACUUUAAUCUAGAUCUAGGUUAAUUUUUUUCAGUUUUCCAAAAUAUUUUUAUUUUUUACUAUCAAAUAAAAAUUAAUCUCUAGUGUACUAAGUAGUGGAUAAUUUUAUGAUCUUUUAAAAUGACUUCUUUCAAUGGACUUGGUGAUUGGGAAACUAACGAGAUAGGAGAUGAAUUAUGUACUUUUUUAAAAAAGGAUAACAGAAAACAAGGGAUAAAAUCUAGGAAAAUCAAGAAAAAAAAAGUUAAAACCAAGCUAAAGAAUCUACCCGUAAAUAAUGGGAAUGUGGCAAAUUUCUUAACAAGGAAAGCAAGUACAUCAAUAUUAAGUAAAGUUAGUCCUGUUAAUGAAAAGGUAUCUCUAAAAACUAGAAUUAAAGACAUGAAAAAUAAUAAAAAAGCUAAAAAAUUGAGAACUAAAUUAAACAUGGAUACCAAAAACUCUAAAAAUGCAUAUACAUUAUUAGAUAAUACUAGUGCAGAAGGUAAUACUUUGAAAAGUUCUCUAGAUAAAAGUAAAUCGCAAAAUAAAAAACAAAAGAGGAAAUUAGAUGAUGUAUCUGGUAGUAAUAAAGUUAUAACACCUAAUAUACAUACAAAGAAAAAGAAAAAAAUUGUACAACAAAUAAAUAAUGACACACCAGCACUAAAAAAGGAACCUAUUAUUUCUGAUAAUUUAAUAAAAAGAAAGAAACGAAUUGAGGCACAGAAUAAUGAGACAAAAGUAUUAGAUAAAGAACCUAUCAAUCCUAGUAUAUUAAGAAAAAGAAAAAAACAACUUGAAUCACUGAAAGCUUUGAUAAAAGAAAAUAAAAAUACGCACAAAUCUACCAAGCCAAAGCCAGUGUUAACUUUACGGCAAAAAAUGAUGAAAAAACUGAAAGCUGCAAGAUUUCGAUUUUUAAAUGAACAAAUGUAUGUUAGUACAGGCCGGGAAGCGCAAAAAAUAUUUAAUGCAGACAAGGACGCUUUUAAAGCUUAUCAUGAUGGCUACAGGCAACAGGUGAAUCAAUGGCCAUUGAAUCCUUUAGAUGUUAUUAUAAAAUCUAUUAUCAAAAUGCCUAAGACACAUAUUAUUGCCGAUUUUGGAUGUGGUGAAGCAAGAUUGGCCAAAGAAGUGAAACAAACGGUACAUUCUUUCGACCUUGUAGCUGCAAAUAGCACGGUAACAGCAUGCGAUAUGGCCAAGGUACCAUUAGAAGAUGGCACAGUUGACGUAGCUGUUUUUUGCUUAUCUUUAAUGGGUACAAAUUUACAAGAUUAUUUAAGAGAAGCUAAUCGAGUCCUAAAACUAGGUGGAAUAUUCAAAAUAGCGGAAGUGGAAAGCCGAUUUGAAGAUAUAAAUCAUUUUAUAAAAAGCUGUGAACAAUACGGUUUCAAGAAGCAUUGGUUGGAUCUUUCACACAAUUUAUUUUAUUUUAUAGAUUUAAAAAAAUCGAGUAACGUAAAAACUAAAAGUAGAUUAUCACAAAUUACUCUGCAACCGUGCCUUUAUAAACGCAGGUAAAAAUAAAUUAAUUUAAAAACAAA